CGUUUUGGAGCCUCCCAACGCCAGUCUACAGAGCUGUGUGGAAAAAUCUAGCCCCCCAUACGACGAGGAAUAGGAUUACUGCGGCGAACCGAUUGAGGCUUUACUACAACSAACCUACACACAGGAAAAAACAACAACACAUCGACUGYAAUGAGCACCAUGAGGGCCAGAAAAGGAUUGGGCGCCAUGCCUGUUCAAACGCAGCAAGGGAUGGACCCGCCCGCAUCCAAUUCGGUGGCAGAACUGGUUCGCGAAACCGAACAACUCGGAAUGGCCGGGGAAACCGAUCCCCGUGCGACAUCCGGAGAAGUGGUGGAUGGCGAAGAUCCUUUGUUGGAUCUGGACCAGCUGGAAGAGCUCCACGACGAAGCCGAACGAAUGAAAGCGCUCGGUAACAAGCACAUGGCGGCACAGGUAAGAUGAAGCAGUGGCUAGUUGCGGUGGCAAUGGCGGUGUACGAAACACGGAAGCACGGUUCAACCGAAUUGUGUUUGCCUCCUUCAUGAAUCAAUGACUCACGGUGUGUCUCGUGUUCUGUUUGACGAAUCGACCCGGUUUCCAGGAAUAUACGAGGGCCUACAAUGCGUACUCGGCUGCGUUACAGCUCUCCCCCGUGGGGCCGUCCUCGCACGUGUUUCUGUCCAAUCGAUCGGCGGCGUUGCUGUCCCUGAAACGGUAUUCGGCUGCCGCAACGGAUGCACGCCGCGCCAUUGCACUGGCACCCACCUUUGGCAAGGCCCACGCGAGGCUGGGACAGUCGCUCUACUUUCUGAAAGACUACGAAGGAGCGGUGUCUGCCUACGAAGACGCUAUCCACUUCGAACCCGACAACCCCAUUACCAAGACAUACCUGGAAAAGGCACGGUCCAAGUGGCAUCGACAGAAAGAAAAAGCUCUCAAAAACAGAUCCGGUGGAGAAGAGGUUUCCGUCUUGACCGCCGAGUCGAGCGUGCAACAAACCGUCACCAACUCUGUAGCGACAGAUCCCAACGCCUCGGCCGCCGUUGUAAAGACCGGGUUCCGUGGGCAGUCGAAAGCAAUCAUGAGGGCKGUUGGUGGAGGCAUGCCAGCCAAUAAGGCCGGGACGACCCCCAACRACGAUAGAARGAAGGAYCCUCCUAACGCCUCCACUCCCACCCUGAACGAAAACGCACCGCUAGACGCCUCCGGUGAAUACGACGACGAUGACGACGACUACGCGGACGAUCCGGACUUUGACGAGGCCCUGCGGAUUCAGGAACGUGCAAAUCGUUACCUGGCGAACAAAAGCUACAAAUACGCCAUUGAGGAAUAUACGGCCGCCUUGUUCUUGGUUCCCGACGACGUGAAUCUGUCUCCCGAACUGCAUCUCGGUCGAGCCCACGCCCUCAAUGGGAGCCGCCGGCACGAAUCUGCCAAGAUCGACUCCCAGCUCGCACUCAGAAUCAAGCCUACACCCGAGGCCUAUUCCACCCUGGCGAAGUCCCUGUUUUACAUGAAGGACUACGAGGGAGCCAUCACUGCCUUUGACGAGUGCAAACUUCUUUUGCCGGAAGGCGAAACGCUGAGCAUGUUUGAUAGGGCAUACCUGAUGAAGGCCGAGGCCGCGAUAAACGAACUGUCGAAAGACAGUUCGUCUGUGGCUCAUUCUGUUGCCUCGAUCAAGACAAUAUCCAGGCUUGGAUCUUCGGCACCGGUUCCGAAAUUGAAACCCCCAAAGUUUGUGUCGAGAGAAGAGGUAAGAUAUAUCUUGGUUGUUUUUGUAGGAUGCGUCUAGUGCUGUUUGUAGACGUUCUAKUCUCYUUUUGCACAAUGUGCAACGGCAAAAGGAUUGCGUGUCUCACUUUGUUCUUGCGUCUUUUUAGGCACUUGCCCGGACUCCAAACAUGCCUGCCAUGCCAAAAGAAUGGCCUCAGCAAUCCCCCCGAGAGUCCAAGGUUGUCAAGUACUACGGAAAAGAACGUGACGUUGAAUUCUUAUCGGAGGCUCUGGGCAUCAAACUCAAUCGUGGCCCCGACGGGAUCGUUCGUGUGAUUGAGGUAUCCCCCAACGUACCGGGUUCGCCAAUCGCUCGGAACGGAAACAUUUAUGUSGGGGACGUGAUCCGCGAGGCUGCCGGUGUUGACAUUCGUAGACCGAUUACAAACAUUAUGUGGGGAGACACCGUCGCCCUCAUCAAGAUGGCUCCCCGGCCCAUCGUCUUGGUUGUCGCCAAGGAGACAACCGAAUCCAUUAUGGACGAACGAAAACGGGCGGCGCACAACGCCCUCUCCCCAACGUCAGCCGCGCAAUACUUUCCUUCCAAUGCGAGUACGGAGGAGAGCGUGAGGGAWCAAAUGGAACGGCAACAAAGCGAAAACCACGAGGACCAACUGAACAAACCAGUAAGUUUUCUAUMUUCGAUCACCUUCUGUAGUGCGAUCCAAAAACUCAUGUUUGUAUACAUGCUGACGAUAGUAUUUCCCCUCUCUUUAAGCAAGGUACGGAGGUAACUCAGGAGAACCCGGACGAGGAACUCGAACCCGUAUCAAGUUGUGAAAUUGUACAAGGUUAUGAAACUGUUGAGGAUCAAAAUACGAAAACUGAUGGCGUAGAUUCAGAAAAUGAGGUAUCGGAAGAAUGUAACGCAAACGAACAAAACGAGAGAUCACUGGAGGACAAUGAGAAUGGAGAUGAGUUAGGCGACGAAGAAUCGAAAGACAGAAUUGGAAGUGAAGAAGCCGAAGAGGAAAUAGAAGAGGAACAAAUCGAACAGGAAGCAACAAGYGAGAUCUCUGUACCAGUCGACAACCAUGACAAAGAAAUGGAAGUGCUAGGGGCAGAAAUUAUUUUUGAAGACAACGAAAAUCUUGUGGCUGCAUACAAUGGAUGGAAUAACUUGAAAUGGAUGGCUUACUCUGGGAUCCGAAAAAUAUGUACAGUAGAACGGGUGUACAAAUAUUGUGAAGGACGCACAGGAUUUCUCUGGAAUAAGGACGAAUAUGUUCGGCGGAAACUAGCUAUCUAUGAAGAACCCGAUUUAAUUUUGGUGCUUCGAGAAGCCAAUUCCAUUGCCGAGUUCAGAGACCUCAUGGAGUUGCCACCAGAUGCCAAGUUCAACGAGGAGAGAGCACUCGCAUCGCAUCUAUUUGUAGAAAGCGUAAUCGAUCCAAAGACUGCGAAGCUUCGUCUUUCUCCGCUGACAACCGCCACUUCUGUGAUUCCCAAUACGGCCAGUGAUUGCCCCCGUCUUCGAUCUACUUUUGAAUUGAUCAAUCCGGCCGAAUCCAUCGUACUAUCUGCAGUUAGACAGCGAAAAGACGGCGAAACACCUAGUUAUGACRACUCGAGAGCGUUUUUUGAGACGACCGAAGUUGAAUUUGUUUUGUCGAAGUCAAUUUGCAACGCUCAAGCACCUGAGACUUUGAGCUCCAAUUUUUCUUGGCGGCACCAAAUCAUUCUCGGAACUUUACACUCUUACGUGAUACUUGGAAACCAAGCUCAUCUUGACAAGGGAAUACAGCAAGCUCUUCGCACGAAAAAUGGUCAGUCGCAUCUUGAUCUGGCAAUACAACAAGCMAGUGAAAAAAUGAACCCGCGAUUCUUGAAUCCAAGGAUUAUUGAUGCGAUUGACGAAGGAAGAAAAACAGCUAUUCAAUACGCUUGCGAGAGYAGGUUUAGUUCUGCUGUGAUUUCACUUGUCAGAGCUGGAGCUGAUGUGAACAAGCGGACUGAGCCCAGGAACUCUACAUUGAGCCAUAUUUCGGCGAAAGCCUUAGACUUCAAGAGCCUUGAUGCUAUUUUGACAGUAUCUGGGAGUCCAAAUGAAUUGGAUGAUCUGUAUCGAUCACCCAUGUAUUUGGCUAUAACCGAAGGCCGAACUGUAGGGGCACAGUUAAAUCCCAAGGCGUUAGAGUAUUGCAUUGCAACCCUGGCAAAAUUCGGUGGACAAGUAGGCGAGUUAGAUGAGAACCGUCAUCCAGUGAGCUAUUUGGCGUAUAUGUGCCAUGCAGAAGAGAUGAAAAUAGUAUUAAAAUAUUCGAGGUAUAAAUUCCCUCUACAUACGACGAAAAAGGAAGAAAUGGGAAUAUCGCUCGGUGCUCUGUAUCAAUAUCCCAUCCACUCUGCGCUGAUUUCGGUUAAACAUCGAUUGCAGAAUCUGGGCCUUGGAGGUUAUCCUGAUAGCCAGCAACUUUGGAGAGAUUGUGCUGGAGUCGAUGUGGAAGUAAACAAGACUCUCAAGACUUUAUUCGCAUUCGGUUUCGAGCCAAACGAGAGGAUUGAGGGCUUGUCGAGUASUUUCAGAGAGAUGGACGAACUCUUGGAGUAUGUUGGUUUUGCACCCAUACAGAUUGCUAUGGCAUCAGCAAUGGAGCUUUCGGAUCAACGAAAAGCUCUCGGUGAGGAAUUGUAUGCGAAAAUAAAUGAUAUGUUAGCCAACAUCAUGGAAUGUUUGACACUUCACGGAGCUCGUAUUUUCCUCGACCCACCUCCGUUUCUAAGAUCUGAAGAUCGACGAAAGUUCGUCGCGGAAAGCGAAGCYGGUGCUCAAGACAAAUCCACGARACGUUCUCUACUGAAGAUUCAGGGGAAUGUUGAGUUGUCGUUAUUAGUUGGAAGGUCAAAAAUUGUCGAGGCUCGGUCGUAUUGGAAGACUAUCAAGCCAGCUCCAGUGCCUUCGAAUAUCGUCUUGCAUACUGAUAAGGCAAUGAUAGAAAACUCUUUGGCGCCAGGUGGAUCMGAUGAAAAAAGUUGUUCGAUUUGUUGGAAGAAGUUUGGAAUGCUUACAAGAAAGCACCGAUGCCGAAUUUCACGGAGAUUUGUUUGUGACGAAUGUUCGUCUCGUCGCAUUGUUUUCAAUGACGAAGAGCAGCGUAUCAGCGAUGGCCAAUUCUUGCUGGCUAAGGCUGAAGAACUGAGCGAGGUAAACAGGCAGCUGAAUGCCGAAUUGGCGAAGGAAAAGCGAAGGAAACAGAAAGCCAAACUGAAGGGAGUGUCAAAUCGUUUGGACCAACUGGAAGCCAAAGAAAAGGAUAAUAGAGACUCCCUUUUCGGUGGAAUAAUGGCAAGCGUGACCAAGACGCUGGGUGKAGUAGAAGAGCCUAAAGGUGAUACUAUAUCUGGGCUAUCCAAUCAGUUAAACAAGACGCGUGAUGCUCUCAACGAACGCGGUGACAAGCUCAGUACGCUCUCUGACAAGUCAGACAGACUUGUGAGUGCUAGCCAAGACUUUGCAGCAAUGGCGAAGGAACUCAACAAACAAUCAAGUCAAGGUUUCUUUUCCGGAUGGUAGGGUACAAUCUCAAUGACRCAUGGAUUAUGUUUACACCCCUCUCUACCUUUAGAGGACGAACAGCCCAUCAGUUUUUCAUAAUGCGAAGUARAAAAUACUUGUUUUAAAAUACUCAAUGCCUUACGCCUGAAUAAACAAACGACGAGCGA